UUUACGUUUUUCCUCUCAUUUCGCAGUUUCUUUCCUUUGGCUGUCAUAGCCAAGGAUUGGGAGAGAGAGAGAGAGAGGAUAGUUACCCUCUUGAAGAUGGUGUGGUCAGACCUAUUAAUGGCUUUCAAAGAGGAAAAGGAAAGCACGAGGUUGCAGACAAUAAUCUGACCUCUCCCGACAUUUGUGCUCUCUCAUUUAUACUCGCCAGAACAGAACAAACACCCAACAGAAGCCUCUCUUUUCCUCUCUCAAUAUAAACCCAGCAAAUCCUUCUCAGUUUCUUGGCUGCAACUUCUCUUUCCUUCUCAGAGUAACCCAUGAGAUCGUUUUGACUAAAACACAAGAAACAUAUAGUGAGAAACCAUGAGUGGUUUGGAUGCUCAACAUGUCUCCUUGAAGAGGAGAUGGCAAGAAAAGAGAUUCGCGGCAGUCGACGACCACCGUCCCAAUUCGACCGGAUUUUACACAAGACUCGCCGGUGCAACAUAUAAUAGUUCUUCCUUCAUGGGUAGCUCUAACAUCUCUGGUUUCCCGGGGAUCGAAGAUGAUCUAGUGUCGUCUGUGAUCCCACCGGUGACUGUUGUCCUCGAAGGCCGGUCCAUAUGCCAGCGGAUCAGCCUCCAUAAGCACACAAGCUACAAGAGCCUAGCUAAGGCACUGCACCACAUGUUUGUGGAUGCCGGAGAAGUUGGAGAAGUUCAGUUGGAGAACGACCUCGACCUCUCAAACGCCAUUCCCGGUCACCUUAUUGCCUAUGAAGACAUGGAAGAUGACCUCCUCCUCGCCGGAGAUCUUAAUUGGAAGGAUUUUGUUCGUGUGGCUAAGAGAAUUCGAAUACUUCCGGCGAAGUCAAAUUCAAGGAGGGGAAAAGGAGGGGCGUAACUGAUUGCUCUAAUUGUAGCUUAGAAUUAUCACUAGCUUGUAAUUCUAUCCAGAAAGAAAGCAUGGAAGAGACAUCCAAAGGAAACCCUUGUCAAGAGAACUUGAAAAAUUGGGGCCUCCAUUAUAAUGUGUGAUAUUAAUAAAAU